GUCAAACUGUUUCAGCGAUACGCCCCCCACUUCUCCCGUGUCCUCACCCUCCUUUUUCAUUCUCUCUCUCUCUCUCACUUCAUCACUUUUAGAUCUUCAACAUUUUCCCCCACAUUUUCAUCACUUAAAUCCUAAUCGAAGUUUCAGUAGAAAACUAGAAAUCCCAACUAAGAACGGGCUGAUCUUUACACUCAAAUACUUUAUCAUGUAUAAUCCAAAACCCACUUCAAGAUUUAUCCUUUUCUCCUUAGUCCUCCUUCUCUUGCUCAGCUUCUUGUCUCCGUCAAUAUCGUCCGAACUGGAUUUAUCUGAUGAAGAUGGUGAUGACGUGGAAGCUUUAGAAGAACUCAUAGCAUUGGACGAACAAGAAGAUUCACAGCAGCAAAACGCUGAAUCUGAGUUUGUAAGUAAAGCCCAAAGAAUAGUACUCGAACUUAACAAUGACAAUACUAAAAGGGCAAUUGAUGGGAAUGAGUAUGUACUGGUUUUGGGUUACGCCCCGUGGUGCGUUAGGAGUGCUGAGCUAAUGCCGAAAUUUGCUGAGGCUGCUACUGCUUUAAAAGAAUUGGGAAGUCCUCUUUUAAUGGCUAAGAUUGAUGCUGAACGUUACCCUAAGAUUGCUUCAACUCUUGAUAUCAAAGGAUUCCCUACUCUGCUUCUGUUUGUUAACGGCACUUCUCAACCUUAUACUGGUGGAUUCUCCGCGGAAGAACUUGUUAUCUGGGCAAGGAAGAAGACAGGGGUACCUGUUAUUAGAAUUAGCUCGGAUGCUGAGGCGAGCCAGUUUCUCAAUAAGUAUUCCAUGUUUGUGGUUGGUCUUUUUGAUAAAUCUGAGGGACCUGAUUAUAAUGAAUUUACAAAAGCAGCCAAAAUGGACAAUGAAAUUCAGUUUGUGGAAACUAGCAAUGCAGAGAUUGCCAAGCACCUCUUCCCCAAUUUUAAGCCAACCAAUCUUUUCCUUGGUCUUGUUAAAAGUGAGCCAGAGAAAUACUCUGAAUAUGAAGGAACCUUCAGUACAGAAGGAAUCUUGCAGUUUUUGGAUGAUAACAAGUUCCCCUUAAUUACAGUACUUACUGAACUUAAUGCUGCAAGAGUUUACUCCAGCUCAAACAAACUUCAGGUAUUGAUCAUUGCUGAGCCUGAUGACUUCAAGAAAAAUGUAGAACCUUUGCAAGACGUUGCAAGAAAGUUCAAAUCACAGAUAAUGUUCAUAUUUGUAGAUAUUAGAGAGGACAAUCUUGCAAAACCCUUCCUUACUAUGUUUGGUCUUGAAGAAUCAAAAGACUCUGUUGUAAUAUCUUUCAACUACCGCAGCAACUUGAAGUAUUUGUUAGAGUCAGAUGCCACACCAACAAGCAUAGAAGAUUUCUGUUCAGGUCUUCUGAGUGGGAGUGUGUCACCAUACUACAAAUCACAACCAAUUCCUGAUAAUAAGAACAUGAGCAUUCUGACAGUUGUUGGUAAGACCUUUGAUGAAUUGAUCAUGAACAGUCCCGAAAACAUUCUUCUAGAGAUAUACACACCGUGGUGCAUAACUUGUGAAACCACAAGCAAACAAAUGGAGAAGUUGGCUAAGCAUUUCAAGGGUUUGGCGAACUUGAUCUUUGCAAGGAUAGAUGCUUCCCUAAAUGAACAUCCAAACUUACAGGUUGAUGACUAUCCAACACUUCUUUUCUACUCAGCAGAUGACAAGACAAAGCCGAUACAAUUUCCUACAAAAUCAAGUGCAAAAGAUUUGGCUGCUCUCAUCAACAAGAAUUUGAAAGCACAUGAUCCUGAAAUCAGAGAUGAACUAUAGGAAAAGGUUUCUUGCAGGGACAAGAUAAUUUGUUUGAAGACGAAGAAAAUUAUACAGCAUACAUAGAUGUCGUGCCAGUUAUAUGAGUAGAUAUUUCAUAGAGUUGCUCAAUGAAUGAAUUGAGUUGAGAUAGACGUCCACUGUUGAGUAGACUAGUAGUACUUCUCCAAUUAGCAAAUUAACUUUAUUUAAAUGAAUAUUUCUGUAACCCCUUCCAAAAUCUGAAUUUAAACUCUUGUAAAAACAUGCAGACAGAAUAUAUCUCGCUGGAAUACCCAAGCAUGGACGGAGCUCGUAUAAGAGAA